CCUCCUCCUCCUCCUUCUGAGCGGCAUCAGCAGAGCGGCAGGCUGGAGUCCUGGUACUCAUACACCCACUGGUUCCCCAUGGCGUCGGGCCACGUGAUGAAGGACGACCCAGAGCCCGUGCCCAAGAUGCAGCCCGCGAUGAUGAUGUUCUCCAGUAAGUACUGGUCCCGGCGGGGGCUGUCGCUGGACUCGGCCAUGUUCGACCACCAGCAGCAGCGGCAGCGGCACACCGGGGGUCAGAUGUCAAGGCGUCCGUCCUUCUGUCCUAUCAACGAGAGGCCGGAUAAAGAGGGCGCAGAGGAUUCUGGGAAAACGGCAGUGGUGUUUUCUCUGAAGAACGAGGUCGGCUGUCUGGUCAAAGCUCUCAGACUGUUCCAGGAGAAGCACGUGAACCUGAACCACAUCGAGUCUCGGAUGUCGAAGCGAGUUCCUAACGAGGUGGAGAUCUUUGCAGACUGCAGCUGCAGCAAGAAGGAGUUCAACGAGCUGCUGCAGCAUCUCAAAGACCACGUCAACAUCAUGUCCUUCAACACGCCCGUACACGUGUGGUGUGCUGAAGCAGAUGACGACGAGGUUCCCUGGUUUCCCAUGAAGAUCUCCGAGUUGGAUCAGUGCUCUCACAGAGUCUUGAUGUACGGAUCCGAGCUGGACGCUGACCAUCCUGGAUUUAAAGACAACGUUUAUCGCCAGCGCAGGAAGUACUUUGUGGAAGUGGCCAUGAAUUAUAAGUUCGGGCAGCCCAUCCCUCGCAUCGAGUACACCGAGGAGGAGGUAAGGACGUGGGGGGUGGUGUUCAGAGAGCUGACCAAACUGUACCCGACUCACGCCUGCAAAGAAUACCUGAAGAACCUGCCGCUGCUCACCAAACACUGCGGCUACAGAGAGGACAACAUCCCCCAGCUGGAGGACGUCUCGCUCUUCCUCAGAGAACGCUCUGGCUUCACUGUUCGACCGGUGGCAGGUUACCUGUCCCCCAGAGACUUCCUGGCUGGUUUGGCCUACAGAGUGUUUAACUGCACUCAGUACGUCCGCCACAGCACCGACCCCCUCUACACCCCUGAGCCAGAUACGUGUCACGAGCUGCUGGGUCACGUCCCCCUGCUGGCUGAUCCAAAGUUCGCCCAGUUCUCCCAGGAGAUCGGUCUGGCCUCGCUGGGAGCGUCUGACGAGGAUGUUCAGAAACUUGCCACAUGUUAUUUCUUCACCAUUGAGUUUGGACUGUGCAAACAGGACGGUCAGCUGAGAGCUUAUGGAGCCGGUUUACUGUCAUCUAUCGGAGAGCUGAGGCACGCCCUGUCAGAAAAGGCGUGCGUGAAGAUGUUUGACCCAAAGACGACCUGUAACCAGGAGUGUCUCAUCACCACCUUCCAGGAGGUCUACUUUGUGUCGGAGAGCUUUGAGGAGGCCAAGGAGAAGAUGAGGGAGUUUGCAAAGACGAUAAAGCGUCCAUUCUCGGUGUACUACAACCCGUACACUCAGAGCGUCGACCUGCUCAAAGACACGCGCAGCAUUGAGGACGUGGUGCAGGACCUGCGCAGUGACCUCACCACCGUGUGUGAUGCCCUGGGGAAGAUGAACACUUACAUGGGCAUCUGAAGCUGACCCACUUCCCCUGUGAGCACCGAUUGGUCGGUGACACACCACGAUGCUUCUACAGGACAUCAGCCACCAUCACACAUCCAUCUAUGCCUCUGAGUCGAGUGUAGCAACCACAGGAAGGUAUCAGCUCUCAUAAUGGGUCAUAGUCUGUAUCACAGCUUCAUGAAUCCUUCACCGAUGAUUUACCAACCAGUUCAGGCGUCAGUGAGACCCUGUUCAGACAGGCAGCUGCAGAUGUUACCUCAUGAAGGCAGAUGCAGGACAGUGUGAAUCCACAGGAAUACACGAAACCAUCUACAGGAGCAUUUUUGGGGACCUUCCUCCAGCUCCAUCUCCCUGAAACUACAUUCAAGUUCAACCAAACUGUUUCCCAGCAUUGAGUUUGAUGACAGAAGCUCCAGAUCACGGUGCAGCGUGACCAGUGAGGUCAAAGCGUUCAUCCAGUCGGUCAGCAGUGGGUUUUUUACAACCCUUAGGCCCAUCAGACUCCCCUCCAAAGCUGCGUUCACACUAACCACAAGUUAAUCUUUCACCUUGCCUUAUGCAGCAUUCACGCCCACAUGUCACUCCAGAGUUUGAACACGGGCAUUCCUGACAGAGGGAAGUUGGUGUUGUCUCAAUGUAGAAUAGACGAAGAUAGUAGGUGGCCACACCGUCUUCUCCACGUACAGAGACUAGAGUUAACAGCCGGCUUUUCCAAACUAAACAUUUUUAAUCCAUUCACCUGUCUUUCAGUUUGGAUUUUUGAACUGUAACAUCAACAAAAGCGCACCAGUCAGCUGUUGUUCAAUGGAAAAAUGAUUUUUUUGGGUAUUGGUUAUUUGGUUUCGCUAGAUUUUAGCUUCUCCUUCACUUUGGCGCCAAACUGCACAGGCGGCCGCGGCGCUCUGUAGGCAGUACGACCAAAGCAAAGUGACAGAUCCACAGUUUAGUUCAGCAACAUGUGACGUCGUCCGCUCAAACAAGGAGAGAAAACGUGAAUCCUUAUUCGCUCCUGAAAGUCAACUGGACGAGGAGGAGGAAGUCCAGUGACUCCUCUCACGUCCCUCUGAGCUUCCUGUCAGCAGGAUCAGCUGAUUAAAUUCAAAGAUUGCAUCAAAGCGGAUUCGCCUCUCUUUAUGUUGCAUCACUGCGUACGCUUCGUUUGUGAUGUCACUGUGUGAAAACUUCCCCUCGUGUUUGGCACGAAUGCUCAGUUUGAACAGUUUGGAGGUGCUGCCCUCUGACGAGCUUCAGGUAUUGAUGUGAUGCGACUGAACAUCUCUGAGUUUCAGUGAAUCAUGUGAUCUCACUGAGGCUGAGAUGAAGAUGAGGAAGACUGAGCUUGAGGUGCUGCUGUGUUUGCUUCUGUACACGCCUGUAAACGAUGAACCAUUAAAGCU